AGUGCGGCGACAUGAACGGCUUCACUCCCGAGGACAUGAGCCGUGGCGGGGACGCGGCCGCCGCUGUGGCCGCCGUGGUCGCCGCUGCUGCCGCCGCCGCGUCAGCCGGGAACGGGGCUGGGGCUGGCGCCGGGGCCGAGGUGCCGGGCGCAGGGGCGGUCUCGGCGGCGGGGCCGCCGGGAGCGGCAGGGCCGGGCCCCGGGCAGCUGUGCUGUCUGCGCGAGGACGGCGAGCGGUGCGGCCGGGCUGCAGGCAACGCCAGCUUCAGCAAGAGGAUCCAGAAGAGCAUCUCCCAGAAGAAGGUGAAGAUCGAGUUGGAUAAGAGCGCAAGACAUCUUUACAUUUGUGAUUAUCAUAAAAACUUAAUUCAGAGUGUGCGAAACAGGAGAAAGAGAAAAGGGAGUGAUGAUGAUGGAGGAGAUUCACCUGUUCAAGAUAUUGAUACUCCGGAGGUUGAUUUAUACCAAUUACAAGUGAAUACACUUAGGAGAUACAAAAGACACUUCAAACUCCCAACCAGACCGGGACUUAAUAAAGCACAGCUUGUUGAGAUAGUUGGUUGCCACUUUAGGUCUAUUCCAGUGAAUGAAAAAGACACCUUAACAUAUUUCAUCUACUCAGUGAAGAAUGACAAGAACAAGUCAGAUCUCAAGGUUGAUAGUAGUGUUCACUAGGAGAGAUGGAAUUAAACUUGGAUGUUCAGAUGUUAAGACCGCUUACUGCUUUUUCACGUGUAGAAAUGUUCCUUGUGUAUUUUUUCUACAGAGGAUUUUCUCUGGUUUUAUUUUCUUUGUUUUGACUCUAAUUAGUUGGAAACUCAUGUAAAAUGAGCUUUCCUAGAUUAAAGGUAUUUUAAAUAAAGGUUAUUGCUAUUA